UGGCCCCCGAGGCUGGACUGGGCGCGCGGCAUCGCGCAGACCCGGCCAGAGCACCGGGCUUGCCCUUCACGCCGCGACACGCAGAAUUGCUUAGCUGAAGAAAUGGAUACUUCCCUCUCCAAAAAAUACCCAGUUAAAAAACGAGUGAAAAUACAUCCCAACACAGUGAUGGUAAAAUAUACUUCCCAUUAUCCCCAGCCUGGGGAUGAUGGAUAUGAAGAAAUUAAUGAAGACUAUGGAAGUUUUGUGGAAGAAAACCCAAAGAAAAGUCUGCUGAGUGAAAUGAAAAGAAAAGGAAGAACUUUAUUUGGAACCAUGGAUAUCACACCUCCACCAGCGGAAGACUCCAUAACUAACGAGAUUGGACAAUUCCAGAACUUUGCAGAAAAAAAUCUUUUUCAAUCCCGAAAAAUGUGGAUAGUGCUGUUUGGAUCUGCUUUGGCUCAUGGAUGUGUAGCUCUUAUCACCAGGCUUAUUUCUGAUCGUUCUAAAGUUCCAUCACUAGAACUGAUUUUUAUCCGUUCUGUCUUGCAGGUCUUUUCUGUGUUGGUUGUGUAUUACUAUCAGGAGGCCCCCUUUGGACCUAGCGGCUACAGAUUACGACUCUUCUUUUAUGGUGUAUGCAACGUCAUUUCUAUCACCUGUGCUUACACAUCGUUUUCAAUUGUUCCUCCCAGCAAUGGGACCACCAUGUGGAGAGCCACAACCACAGUCUUCAGUGCCAUUUUGGCUUUUUUACUUGUAGAUGAGAAAAUGGCUUAUGUUGAUGUGGCUACGGUUGUUUGCAGCAUCUUAGGUGUUUGUUUUGUCAUGAUCCCCAACAUUGUUGAUGAAGACGAUUCUUUGUUAAAUGCCUGGAAAGAAGCCUUUGGGUAUACAAUGACUGUGAUGGCGGGACUGACCACCGCUCUCUCUAUGAUAGUGUACAGAUCCAUCAGGGAGAAGGUCAGCAUGUGGACUGCACUGUUUACAUUUGGUUGGACUGGGACAGUCUGGGGGCUGUCAACUAUGUUUGUUCUUCAAGAACCAAUCAUCCCAUUAGAUGGAGAAACCUGGAGUUACCUCAUUGCUAUAUGUGUCUGUUCUUCUGCAGCAUUCUUAGGAGUGUAUUAUGCCUUGGACAAAUUCCAUCCAGCCUUGGUCAGCACAGUACAACAUCUCGAGAUUGUAGUAGCAAUGGUCUUGCAGCUUCUAGUGCUGCACAUAUUUCCUAGUGUCUUUGAUGUCUUUGGAGGGGUAAUCAUUAUGCUUAGUGUUUUUGUCCUUGCUGGCUAUAAACUUUACUGGAGAAAUUUAAGAAGGCAGGAUUAUCAGGAAAUACUUGACUCUCCCAUUAAAUGAUACCUGAUUAUUAUCUUGUUAAUGUCCAUUUAUUAAUAUGUACACUGCCAUUUUAAUGUUUACCUAUAAAUGUCUUUCAUGUUGUGUAAAAGAGUGCUAUAUAAUAUAUAUACAGUUACAAAAAUUAUAGUC